UGUCAGUCGUCACUUUGUGUUUUUCUGAUAAAUAUUUCUUAUUCGUAGAUUUUUGUUUUCCUAUUCCACUAUUCCUAGAUAAAAAGGCAUUAUUUUAUGUAUAUUCUAGUACAAAACGCCAAUGUAAAACUAAAAAACACUAGCGCCUUUUUAUUUACUUAUUUAUUGAUACUGUGCUCGUUUUUGUAAAAACUGAAUUAUGACCGAGACGCGUCGUAUACAGCUCCAUUUGGGCAAAUGUAUAGAAGAUUUGGAUAAAUUGUACAAUGUACCCGACUUAAAAUCGAAGAGAGCAACCUUGUUAUGCAAGACAGCUCAAAAACUCUUUGAAAGUGCUGAAGAAGCUCGUGCAAAAGGUGAUGAGGAGUACUCGUAUGUGUACUAUAUGAAAUACCUUCGGGUAAUUGCAUUUAUCAGUAAAGACAAAGAAUAUCUGAAGGAUAAAAAUUACUUUAAUAAUAUGCUUGGGCCUAAGAAUCCAAACAAAGCUCUUGAUGCGGCUGAGAAAUUGAAAAUAAGUCUGAUUGAAAGAUAUGCUAAAGAGCAGAAAGCCAAACGACUAAUGGAUAUACAAGAAAAUGAGUUAAUCAAACAGAAAAUUGAUGAAAACCGUAAAAAGGCUAUGGACACUAUUGCUGCUGAACCACCACCUCCAACUGGUCUACCAGGUCCUGAUGAAGUUACAAUCAAAAGUGAUCAACUGUAUACUAUAUUAAAAAAUGGCAAACUUAAAGUAAUGAUAUUAGAUGCUCGACCUGGUAAAGAUUAUAUUAACUCACACAUCAACCAUCCUGCUUGCAUCAGUGUGCCAGAAGAAUGUAUAUCACCUGGGCAAUCAGCAAAUGUUUUAGAACAGAAUCUACCAUCUGCAUCUCGUCCUGUUUGGGCAGAGCGGGCCAGCUCUGAGCUGAUAGUCAUGCUGGACUGGAGUAGCACUACAGUCAUUCCAGGGAAACCGCUGCACCUACUCAAGACAAUAUUACUGAAGUGGGACAUAAAAGUACAAUACUCUCGUCAACCAGUUGCACUAUGGGGUGGUUAUGAAGACUGGCUACUGAAGUAUCCGGCCUUCACCACUAAUCCACAGGCUAUACCACCCUCACAGGAUAUCAUGUUGGAUGACAUGCUUGGUGAAAUAGACUAUCCGAAUUGGUCAGAUUUGAACCCGACACCUGCUGAUAUCCGACCCAAAUCAUCUGAACCAGUCAUAGAUCGAGCUAGCAAGUCAGCUGCAGUAGAACUAUAUGCAGAACGCUCUCGUAACAUGCAACAUAUAUUGGAACAGCAGGAACUCAUCGCUGAUACUUCGCUUACUCUUGAGAUGCAAAGGAUUGAGGCUGAACAGGACUGGGAAAAAAUACGUCAACAAGGGGAAACAGAACACCGGGAUGAGUUGCGAGCCAUGUACCAGCUUCGGGAACAAGAAAUUAUCUCACAGCUUAUGCAGCUGGAGAACAAACAAUUUGAUAUGGAACAAGAGAACCAAUCUCUGCGUGAGAAGCUGGAAGAUUAUCAGAGAAGGGAAAGAGAAGAGGCAGCCAAACUCGCUGAGAGCAUCGCCCGGUCACAGCUAACGCCGUCUGCUGAUAAUGAAGCUGUAGCAACAGCCCGUGAGCGGGAAGCUGCGGCUCGCGAUGUGGAAGCAAAGCGUGCUCGUAUCGCGGCCGUCACCGCACAGAGGGUGUCACUUGACAGGCAAAGGGAGGCGCUUGAAACUGAGCGGAAGCGGAAACUUGCUGAGGCUAGGGAGAAACAGAAACCUAAUUAUAAGGAAGAAGAUGCAGACUCGUACGGCUCCAGUACUGAGAGUGCAAGUGCGGCACUUAAUCGAUCGCAAUCUUCGCCAAACAUCGCAAAAGUAUCGUCUGAUGAAGAGGAACCAGUGGUGCCAAGCUUCGACCGCAGUACAAAACCAGCCAAAGUGGCGCCAUCUAGUGAACUACGACAAAGGGACUUUCAACCUGUUUGGGCAGAUGUCGGUCGAGGUCUGACCGGCCUGAAAAACCUGGGUAAUACCUGUUAUAUGAAUUCCAUUAUACAAUGCCUCAACAAUACCGCCAUUUUGGUCACCUACUUCUGCAAUGGACAGUACCUUGAACACGUUAAUAGAUCACACAGCACUCGCGGUGCGAUAGCGGAAGAAUUGGCUGCGGUUGUGCGAGGGUUAUGGUCCGGACAGUAUAGGUUUAUCGCUACUAAAGAUCUAAGGAACGAAGUAGGGAAACACCAGCGUACAUUUCGUGGCAACGAACAACAGGACUCGCACGAGUUUCUCACCAUCCUCAUGGACUGGUUACAUUUAGAUCUUCAGUUCUCAAUUAAACCACCACUAAAGGAGAACUUAGGCGCAUCAGAACGCGCCUGGCACGAAUACACGAAAUCCAAGGAAAGUCUGGUGCUACGACUAUUCUAUGGACAGAUUAAAUCAACAGUGCGCUGCUGCGUAUGCGCAACGCAUAGUGCUACGUAUGACUCAUUCUCCAAUCUGUCACUGGAAUUACCGCCGCAUGCUUCACGAUGUACGCUUAGUGAUUGCCUAAAACUCUACUUAAACGGCGAAACGAUACCCGGUUGGAAUUGUCCGAAUUGUAAGGAAAAACGGGACGCUGUCAAAAAACUAGAUAUAUCCCGGUUGCCCCCGGUCUUAGUCAUACAUUUCAAGAGGUUCUACCUUGACCCCAAGGAGUAUUGCAACGCGUUUAGGAAGAGACAGACAUACAUAGAUUUCCCACUAGAAAACUUGGAUAUGCGGCAAUUUUCUUUGAAUUGCCCUGGCAACCCCGUUUAUAAUUUAUACGCUGUGUCCAAUCAUUAUGGCUCUAUGGAAGGUGGACACUAUACCGCGUAUUGCAAGAGCAGUGUUUAUGGAAAAUGGUACAAAUACGAUGAUCACCUAGUGACUGAGAUUUCCCCAAGUGAAGUCAAGUCUAGCGCCGCCUACAUUCUCUUCUAUACGUCUUGCGAACGAUAGUGAUGUGUAUUAAUGAUUUAUAUGUGUAAUCGCCCUAACGUGUGUGUACUUAUGCAUUCGCAUGUGUAGUAAAAAGAUUUAGUCUGUUAUGUUUUAUUACGUUUAAAAAUAAUAGUAUAAAAAUUUUUACUCAUGGCAAUACCAGCAUUAGCCAGAUUGUUUCAUUAUUACUUUGAACGUUUCAUAAAGAAGUAAAAUAUCAAUCUUGUUUCGACUGUCAUCGUAAGUUUGGUUUUACAUUUUUUUAACACUAAAAAUUACCUGCAAAGUCGAAAGGAUAACGGAUACGUUUCCGGCCUUUUAAUAUUUUAUGUAUGGCGAUUGAGAUCUAACGUAGUAAUGAUUUGAUGUCACAUUAUGUCGGUAUGCCGCGAAAACGAAAUAAAUCUCGUCAUGUUAUUAAACAAUCAUAUUUGAUAGAUUUCGUAUGACAACUGUGUAGGAGUCUUAAAGCAGGGAAAUUAACGUUUCCAAAUUAAAUAGUAUUAUUUAUGACAGGUAUAUAUAUAAAAGUUCGUAUAAAACGUGGUAUUACAUAGUAAAUCCAUAGUUAAUUUUAUCAAUUCUAGUUAAAAGUAAUGGUAAAAUUUAUCAACCAUUUAAAGUUUCUGCAUCUUUAGGUUCUUCGUUUAAUCACGAUAACGUAACCACGAUAUUUUAACAUCGCCGUAACGAAAAUAACAUCUUAACAACUGGUUCUCAAAUCAACGUAUUCAUUAUAACCCUUAAAAGUACAAACUGUAAAUAAAAUUUUUGAUUUAAAACCGUGUUAGACGGCCGAGUCAGUCCUUAGUUGAUUAUGUAGAAACAAAUCUACCGAAAUACCUUUUAAGUAAACCGUCUCAGCUACGAUAGCUCAGCUACGCGGCUACGUUACGUUGUCUUUGGUUUGCAUUACGUACGUCAUACAUUCUGAAAUAAAUAUUUUCACCUUGUUUUGUUAGUCACGUGACCGCUGACCGAAGAGGUACAUUUAUUUAUUUAUUUUUACAUUGCUUCUAAUUCAUGGUACAAAAUAGCAAGAUAGUUUUACUCUGCUUUUAUUCACGGCUAAGCGGCCUUGAAAGGCCUACACAUGUCCUGUCAUCUGUCAUCUUUCACGGAUUUUUGACGUUGACUUGUGUUAUUGACUACUCAUAUUACCAGUGGAAGUUGAUUCAAUGAAUGUUUGACAGAAAAUUUUGGUUCCGAUGAAGUUAGAAGAGAUUGACGUAGAGGAAAAUACAAUUUUUGUUGUAUACAAGUUUUAUUUUCUCUACCGUUAUUUUAAAAGGCGUCUUCCUACCAGCCAAAUUGUUUUCAAAAUUAUGAAAUACAUUCGAAUUGUAUGAAUUAUAUAUAUUUCGCUUACGGACGUGAAGGGUUUGGGCAAAAUGGUUUAAAAUAUUGAUUUUUAUUGAAAAAAUGAGAAAAUAUAGUUUGUGAGUAAACUAUUUAUAAAUUUAACCCUCCAAAUAAGAACAUCAAAACAGACGAAGAAACGUCACCUGACAUCUUAGACAAUUUUGCUCUAAACUGAAUUUGUAAAUAUCGCUGUAAAAUGCUUAAUCUCACUAAAGAUGUAAAAAUAUUUAUUUUGGAUAUUUGAAUGGUUUAUGGAAAGACUGAAUGGUAAAAUAUGUCAUUAGAAAAUGUUUUAAUUAUUUGUCUUUUAAAGCUUCCUUAGAAUAAUACAUAUUUUUUUUAUUAUUAUGGUUAUUCAUGUCUUGUAUACUGGACAUAGGUGCAUGUUGUCUAAAAAAAGGAAUAUUAAUAUCAAAACUCAAAUUUAACUAGCUUGUGUCUAGCGGUGAACGAAAUAUAUAGCUCCAAAUUCAUGUAUAGACUACAAGUUUCAUCGAUUAAACGAAAACUAUCAGGUAUAUCGACCACCUUUACAUUAAUAAAAAACUUUCAAUUUUUAACUUUAGUUGUGAUACGAUUAAAUAUUACGAGAAACUAUAAAAUCGGAAAAAGUUUAAUUUCUACAUAAUAUUAACGCGUACAAAGACUAGACAGUUUUCGUCAAUUCUAUGAAUUUUGACCUAGCUUGGAGCAUAUAUUUAUGUACACCAUGUUUUCUACUUUUUCCCAGUAACAUUCACCGUUAGACUUCCCCAGCGAACUAUAUGUAUUACACUAAAUGGAUUGACGAAUAUAGUGUGUAAAAUUUGUCGUUUAUCUGCACUAUAUGAUACAAAUUAAGUUGUAUGUUACUUUGUUAGGAAUAACUAAAAGUAAUGGACGUUGCCUUCCGGCAAAGUAGACUAUCGAAGUUGGCUACGAUACAUAAUAAAAAAUUGUAACAUUAAUGUUCAAGUAAAGAAAAUAUUGUAAUAUUUCUUUCAUGCAAGUUUUGUAUUCUUUUAUCGCUCCGAUUUGUGUCCUAGUUGUAGUGUAGUGAGAGGACUUAUUGUUUUUGACUAAUCCCAGUUGUAUAUAAACAUUACUAAAUACAUAAAGUGUAUACUUAAGACAGAAUUUAUUAAAUUCUUUGUUAAUA